GCCGGACUUUCCCCUGGAAGAGUCGGGCCCUCCGCCCCUGGCCGCACCUGGGAGUUCGCAGAGCGAGCCCGGUAACGAAGCUGGGAUGGGCGGCCAGCCGAGAUUCCUGUCCGUGAAGGAUGAGUAUCGGUUUCAGCAUCAGGGAGCCGUGGAACUGCUGGUUUUCAAUUUUCUGCUCAUCCUCACCAUCCUAACGAUCUGGUUGUUCAAGAACCACCGAUUUCGCUUCCUGCAUGAGACCGGAGGAGCCAUGGUGUACGGCCUAGUCAUGGGGCUGAUCCUCCGCUACGCCACCGCGCCCACCGACAUCGACAGCGGCACCGUCUUCGACUGCCCCAAGCUGGGCUUUGGCCCGUCCACCCUGCUGCUGAACGUCACCGACCAGGUGUACGAAUACCAGUUCAAGCGGGAAGUCAGCCGGCACAACGUCAACGCCCACCAGGGCAAUGCCAUGUUGGAAAAGAUGACGUUUGAUCCAGAAAUUUUCUUCAAUGUUUUACUGCCACCUAUCAUAUUUCAUGCCGGAUACAGCUUAAAGAAGAGGCACUUCUUCCAGAAUCUCGGCUCCAUCCUCACCUACGCCUUCCUGGGGACGGCCAUCUCCUGCGUUGCCAUUGGAUUAAUAAUGUACGGCUUCGUGAAGGCUAUGGUCUAUGCCGGGCAGUUAAAAAAUGGAGACUUCCAUUUCACCGACUGCCUGUUUUUUGGCUCCCUGAUGUCUGCCACAGAUCCAGUGACCGUCCUGGCCAUCUUCCACGAGCUGCACGUCGACACGGAUCUGUACACACUCCUGUUUGGAGAGAGCGUCCUGAACGAUGCUGUGGCCAUCGUCCUCACGUAUUCUAUAUCCAUCUACAGCCCCAAGGAGAACCCAAAUGCAUUUGAUAUGGCCGCAUUCUUCCAGUCGGUGGGGAAUUUCCUAGGAAUCUUUGCUGGAUCAUUCGCUAUGGGCUCUGCAUACGCCAUCAUCACAGCUCUGCUGACAAAGUUCACAAAGCUGUGUGAGUUCCCCAUGCUGGAAACGGGCCUGUUUUUCCUGUUGUCCUGGAGUGCCUUUCUGUCUGCGGAGGCGGCUGGUCUAACAGGGAUCGUGGCUGUCCUCUUUUGUGGGGUCACACAGGCUCACUACACCUACAACAACCUGUCUCCAGAUUCCAAACUGAGGACCAAACAGUUGUUCGAGUUCAUGAACUUUCUGGCAGAGAACGUCAUCUUCUGCUACAUGGGUUUGGCUUUAUUCACGUUCCAAAACCACAUCUUCAAUAUACUCUUCAUACUCGGUGCCUUUUUGGCUAUUUUCAUAGCCAGAGCCUGCAAUAUAUAUCCGCUGUCCUUCCUCCUGAAUUUGGGACGAAAACAGAAGAUCCCCUGGAACUUCCAACACAUGAUGAUGUUUUCAGGUUUACGUGGAGCGAUAGCAUUUGCCUUAGCCAUUCGGAACACCGAAUCUCAACCCAAACAAAUGAUGCUGACAACAACCCUCCUCAUCGUCUUCUUCACCGUCUGGAUCUUUGGGGGAGGGACUACGCCCAUGCUGACCUGGCUGGAGAUCAGGGUCGGCGUGGAUCCAGACGAGGACCUGGCAGCGGAACAUACCCCCCAGGGCACUGAUCACAUGGGCAAGAACUCAACCAAGGCAGAGAGUGCACGGCUUUUCAGAAUGUGGUAUGGAUUUGACCAUAAAUAUCUGAAGCCGAUCCUGACCCAUUCGGGUCCGCCUCUGACCACCACUUUACCCGAUUGGUGUCACCCCAUCUCCCGCCUGUUGACCAGCCCUCGCGCCUAUGGGCAGGAACAGCUGAAAGAAGAUGACACCGACUGCAUCGUGAAUCACGACGAGCUAGCUGUGGCCUCCGGAGACCCGGCCUCCCCAACCUCCCCCUCCGCCCCUCCCCCGUGGCCGGGACUGGACAGGACGGGCCCCCCACCUCCCCCGGCCAGGGAAAAUGUGGAUGAAGGCGACCUUGGACUGGGGGGUUUCGGACUCAAGCUCGAGCGCACGCCAGUGGUGGCUCCACAGGGGCCCUCACAGCCGUGA